ACCAAUGAUUUUCUCUGUUCCGCUUUCGUUUUCCCCUACAAGAUUCCCCACCACUUUAUCUUUAUUACACCAUUGCUGUGAUUCGCUUCAAGUCCAAGCAGCUCUCUCUUUCCCCCAUCGGACUCACUUGUCCCCGGUGUCUACCAGACAGAGAACUUCGAGGAUAUCACUGAUAAUGGCAACUGGUGUGCAAGAGGUUCUCCCACCGGCUCUCGAUUCCACCUCAGACCCACCUCCAGUUUUCGAUGGAACGACAAGGUUAUAUAUAUCAUACACAUGCCCAUAUGCGCAGCGGGUGUGGAUUACUCGGAAUUGUAAGGGAUUGCAGGACAAGAUAAAAUUAGUUCCUAUUGAUCUGAAAAACCGACCUGAUUGGUACAAGGAGAAAGUCUACCCCGCUAACAAGGUGCCAUCUUUGGAACACAAUAAUGAGGUGAAAGGAGAGAGCCUUGACUUGAUCAAGUAUAUUGACAGUCAGUUUGAAGGGCCAAAACUUUUUCCUGAUGACCCUGCCAAGGAAGAAUUUGCUGAGGAGUUACUAUCCUACACUGACACGUUCAAUAGAACAGUGUAUUCCUCCUUCAAAGGAGAGGGAGAAGCUGGCACUGCAUUUGAUUACAUUGAAGCAGCUCUUUCCAAAUUCAAUGAUGGACCCUUCUUCCUUGGCCAGCUCAGUCUGGUGGAUAUAGCUUAUGCUCCAUUUAUUGAAAGAUUUCGGGCUUUCUUGAUGGACGUAAAGGAAUAUGACAUUACAGCAGGCAGGCCUAACCUGGCAACUUGGAUUGAGGAGAUGGAGAAAAACGAGGCUUAUAAACAAACCAGGCAGGAUCCAAAGGAGCUUGUUGAGGGCCUUAAGAAACGUUACAUGGUACAACACAGUCCCCUGCCAUCAUCAUUCUGAACACUCACAACAUGAUUAUUUGUAUUCAAAAGUCUAUCUCUAACCCAUUUCUAAGGCUCUUCUGCAGGCUCAGCUUUAGAGGAAUCAAUUUGAUAUAUAUGAUUCUCCAACGGCUCUGUUAUUCUCUACAAUCCAAUGCUUGUGUUCAUGAAAUCAAAGGACAAAGCUAUGUAUUAUAGUAUUUCAGAAAGCUGUAUCAAAACUGCACAUGGGAUCUAAUAAUGUCACUAUCGCAAGACUCCUUUUGCUUGGUACCAUUUUUCAUCAUUCGAUGGCUUAAUUUUAUAAUGUCAUCAAAGUACUUUGGCAUGUAAUGCUGUGCAUAAUGAACAGAGCUAUGUAUU